AUGGCGGCUGAGAACCCGCCGCGGCCAAUCCGGGGAUCGCACCAUUGUGACGUCGCGUUCGGAGCGGAGGGGCGCGGGGGAGGAGUGAUGUCACCCGGUUGUAAACAAAUAGAAGCAGAAGAAGAAAGAGGAGCUGCGUCGUCGGGCUGGAAAACAGCAGCGGCGGCGGGAGCAGCUGCUCGAGAGCGCGGCGUCUGGCCCUCGAGACGCGCAAGGCAGCGAGCGCAAAGUUGCCGGCCUCGCUCGCCUCAGCCAGCGCGGAAGGGAGAAACGACGCGAGCCGCCUUUCUCCGGCCGCCGCUCCUCUUUCCCCCGACUGCGCAUCUGCAGGCCUCUGCUGCCUGCUCGCUCGCACAUGCUCCCGCUCACGUCCAACUGAUCCGCGCCCCGGUUCAGUUCAAAUCCAUAGCUAGCUCUGGAAGCGUUCGCGGAACCGGGGAGAAGGCGGAGGACCCCGGGGUUGCUCAGAGGCAAAACCUGGCGCGGCAGGGCCUUUGCAGAGCCUGCUGCCGUCUCAUCCCCCCCCUUCCCCCAACCUCCAGCUGGGAGCUCGCAAACCAGCCGCUUUCGUUAAGCCGCAGCAGUCACGAAUGUGGCGAGGCCUGGGAGAGAAGGGCUCAGGAAGCUUCUGGCGCCUGCAGCCAUAUCACAAACAGCACCAUUGUAAACAAAUACAGUGUCUUUUGGUGCUCUAACUGGUAG